AUGCAGGAAAAACCGGGAUACAAACCAUCCGUUAAAGUGUGUAUCAUGUGCCAAAACCGGUCCAGUGUAACCAAUACUCAAACAGAGGAUGCGCUUCAACGCAUUACCUACCACAAACUGCCGUCUAAUCCUGUGAAACGCGAUAAGUGGCUUGAAUUUUGUGGGCUCACUAGAGACAGCUUCCCUUCGUUUGCCUUCAAAUUCCUUUGUAGCAACCACUUCGCGCCGGAAUGUUUCGAACGAGAUAUGCGGGCGGAGCUACUGUACGGCACAAGGCGGAACAUCUUAAAAAAGGACGUGUUGCCGACGAUUCGUACCACAGAGCAACAGCUGAAACGCAAGAUCGACACAGAGCUAGAUGGUGAGGGCGAACGGGAAAAACGAAAAAAGGAAGUCGAACAAUUGUUAAACGGCGAAAUACCCGUCACAGAAACAAUCGUUAACCCAUUUCGAAAGCACAUAUGUGAUGAAACGUCGGGUGGAGACGCGAUUUCGCGGGCCAGCUCCGCAAUGGUCCAUUCAAACGAUAUUAUCCAAGUGCUACCACGGAUGGGAGAAGCAGAAAUGGUGCAUAAAAUCGUCGAGCUAGAGCGCGUUACCGCUGACCAGCGAUCGCAAAUAUCGAAACUAAUGAGCACAAUCGAUGAGAAGACGGAGAAAAUCAAUUUCGCUAAGACGGAAAUGGUGAACGUAGCUAUCUGCCUGCAAGAGUUAAAGGAAAAGGAAAAUCAAUUCCUCCAAACACGUGUACGAGAGAUUCUUACGGGGCGAUUCGGUGAGGGUCAGUUGGCAACAAUAUUGGCGUUGAAACAAAUCCCGUGGUCAACGGACGAGUUAGCGCAAGCGUUCGAAUUACGGUGCAUUAGCGCGGAAGCAUUCGAGUACGUCGUGCAUCAGAUGCGCUUGCCAUUGCCGGAUGCUUCACAUAUUGAACGGUGGAUACACAGCGUUUACCUGGAAACCGGGCGAAAUGUGGCCGUACUCAAGCUUUUAAAACAACGCGCUACUACGCUUUCCGCCAUCGAUCGCAUCUGCACCCUUAAUCUAAUGCGUACAAGCAUGCCCGUACGAUAUCACUAUGAUCGUCACCGCGAUCAAAUAAUUGGACCAAAGUCCCAACUCCAUUGCAUCGCCGUCCAGGGUAUCUUUACGCAAUGGCAGCAAAUUGUGCACAUUGAUUUCGAUCUUAUUUGCACCAAAAGCGUAAUAGAGAAGAUAGUCUCAGAUCUUCACGAGAUCGACUACUGUGUGGUUGCCAUAACGACCGGCUGUGAUCGUGAAGCUUCCGACAUAUGGCACGCGCUGGAAGUUGAUCAAGAGCACCACUAUAUACAGCACCCAGACACGGACGACUUGAUAUACGUUUUCGCUUGUCCCGACCGAACGCUGGCCGCCAUCCACCGGGUGCUGAUUACGGAUGGGUUCGUGUGGCAAGAAAACAAUGUGACGAUCACAAAAGCUGCUCUAAUGCCAUUGCUUCAGUCGCAUAACGACCGCUCGAACAAUGCGGAAAAAUUCGACCAGCGAUAUUUGGACAGUGAGAUUUUAAAGGAAAUAGCCUACGAUGCCACCGCCUCCCGAGAACUAAUUUCUCCGCAAACAUCGAAAGUAUUGAAAAUGCUAUCGCACGACGAAGACGAGGAUGAUCUUUUAUCCACAAUAUCAACGCUUUUUGAGCUUUUUGCUGAUUGGUACGAUCUGUGCAUGACCGUCACACCAUUGCCAGAGUGUGUAUAUUCGCAACAACCACCUAUCACGCUGCUUCCGUUUGGAGCGAACGAGGAAGAACAAAAUAUCGUGCUCGAUGGAAUGUUCGACGUAAUGGAAACGUUACGAUGCGUGAAUUUAGACAAUGAUUACCUUUCCGAAGCCGUGCUAAUUUCGAUUGCUUCCAUGCGAAAGUUGCUCAUACAAUUAAAGGAAAAAUACCCUGAAAUAACGUACAUUCCAAUGCAGCGGCUUAGUUCCGUACCAUUGAGUGAAACGAUAGUCAAACUGCAAGAAGCGGUUAAAAAAAGAGCCCCCUCUCGAACGGUCUCGAUAAACGAGGUACUCUUUGAUCUCUGCAAAACGAUUGCUGCCAGUCAAGAUGAUACGCAUGUAACAAAUGCCUUGCUUCGGUUAGGGCAGUUCACGUGCGAUACUGUUCCGGAAAGCUUGCGCCGUCCCGACGAUGAACCCGAUCCAGAUGUAGGCACGGUAGCGGAACGAGACGCCUGUGAAUAUCUUACGCUUUUGAUUGCCGCGCGAUUGGGGGAUAAAUACGAUUAUCUGGGUGAUCAGUCGAUCGUUAUCGAGCGAAAGAAUAACAAAUACACGAUCAAACCAGAUGGAGUAGAAGUUCUCGCAAACGUGGACCCAUCUGCUCUGUGGACGGAACAGGCGAAAAAACUCGAAUCGUAUAUGCGCAGCUUGGUGUACCAUCGGAAAGUUGGUUUAGUCGAUUCCCUCAUCGAUUCCAUACACAAAAAACAUCCACGUAUGGGACGCGAUCUGAUAGAAAUGUAUGUUAAAAAACGUGUCACGAUUCGAUUGCAAAGUUUAAAUGCUAAACUAGAAUUUUUACGAUCGGAAAAGUCCAAUUAA